AGCGUGCUGGGUUCUCUGGGACGGUUUCUUGGGGGCGUGCAUCCGGUCCUUGGUUAUGAGACGUUUCGAUCCGCGUGUUAUCUGUCUUCGCAUUCGCUCCACGCCGUAGUCGUUGAUCUUAUCUAAUCUCCUUACUUGUACUACUCUUAAUCCUGACCUUGUACGUACACCAUGGAAGACAGUGAUGUGAGCUGGACUCCCGUGCAUCCCGCCCCUCGGAGUGUUUCUGACCAGGGCGAGCAGAAAUCUGUGCUUGAGCAUCUUGACCUGCAGCAGCUCACCUGCCUCAACGAAUCCGAAGAUGAGGAGCAUACAUUCAAGUCCAUCGUCUCGAACAGGACGAAAAACACCGGCGACGCGUACCUGCUGAGCGAUGUCGAUGAGCAGCUGCUCCUGAAUGUUACAUUCAAUCAGACGGUACGGAUACGCUCGAUUGCCAUCCAGUCGUCGAAUGUGGCGCAGGCCCCUCGGAAAAUCAAGCUCUUGAUCAACCGCCCUACGAUCGGCUUCGACGAUUUCUCCGAGGGCGAGUUCACUCAAGAGUUCGAGCUCACUGAGGACCAGGUGAAGGAGGGGAAGCGGAUCCCGCUGAGAUUCGUCCGCUUCCAGGCCGUCAAUGCGCUGCAUAUCUUCGUGGAGUCCAACCAUGGCGACGAGGAGCAGACUCGGAUCGAUGCAAUUGAUGUUUACGGCACGGCUGUGAUGACUGGGACGAGGGACCUCAGCGGUCUCAAGAAAGUGGAGGACGAAUAGACGGUGGACCUGCAUGUGGGCACUCUGUACAGCGAUGAAU